AAAGAAAACGGAGAUUUAUUUGAUGGAGUGCGAGGGGAUAAAGAGAACGUGGCAAAUGGAGGGAGGACCUGUAGCGAUUGGAAAUGGAGUCCUUUGCUAGUGGGUGCGGCAGAGGUACUGGUCCUGUCUUGUUAACAACGAAACCCUGCUCUAACCCCUCCUCUCAAAAACCUCUCAUCUCAUUAUGGAAAUUGAAGAAACCCUAUUUCUUCUUCUACUCUCAUUGUUAUAGCACCACUACCAGGUGUAGUAGCAAUAAUCGCUGGGACCCGAAUGCUGAAACGCGAAGGUUCAAUUUUAAGUUCAAGUUUCGAGACAAAAACGGUGAUUCAGUACAAGUAGAAGAAGAUGAAAAGGGUGGUUCUACGAGAAAGGGGAAGAAAAGGAAGCGGAGGUGGUGGUCGGACCAAGAAGAAGAGCCUCCCGGCAUCUUGGAGGAAGCUAUUGACAGUUUGUGGGUUCUUCAGCUAGCCAAAUCCUAUGGUUGGAUGUUUCCACCUAUCGUCAUAACUUCGCUGCUUGCUACUGGCCCGAAAGCGUUUCUCAUGGUAUUAGCACUGUCAGUUGGACAGUCAGCACUGACUUUUGCAUUUCAGAAGUUACUAGGGAAGACUCAAAGCAAGCCGAAACGCAAGGUCCGAAAGAGGAGGAAAACAACUGGCAACACUGUAAAUGAUGCUGAUAUUGAUGAUGAAGAACAAGACAAGGAGGGAGCUGUAAAGGGAAGAAUGGGGUAUCGGUCUUGGGUUGUUGAUGAUAAUGGUUCCUUUAAUAAAGAUAACCAAGAUGCUCCCAACUUUGGUGGUUGGGACGAGUUUGAUGCUACAGCACCUCAAAGGAAACGUCAGCCUCGAAAGAAACCAUUGGCGAAUGGCAAGUGGAGCAUGAGUGGGAGAAAAAGUGACACACCCUUGCUGUUGAGAUUGUUAAUUGCUGUUUUCCCAUUUUUAGGUUCCUGGACAAAGAUGCUUUAAUGUUUUUCAUCCUUCGAAUUAGCCUCGAAUGAUGCAAGCCUUUGGUAUUGGUUAUGCCUGCAAACAAGAAGGGUGAGUUACAAAAAUUCAAAGGGCGGGAUUGUUUCUGUUCAUACCGGAAUGCUUUCCCUGCAAUUUGAAUCAGCUGAAGCCAAGAUGGGAAGGUCAAAGAAUCAACAGUUACAGAGAUAAUAUAUAACAGCUUCUCGUUGAGAUGAUGAAGAUUCCUCCAUCGUAUAUUAUAGUUGUCUUUCAUUCAAUUUGAUUCCACAUAUAGUGUCAACCUGAGUUUAUUUUUUUUGGAAUAAACUUGUCAUUGAAUGUCA